AUGGCAACGAGAAAAAAAGUACUUCUGGGCUGUACCGGAAGUGUUGCAACGAUAAAAUUACCCUUGCUAUGUCAAAAAUUACGAGAUCACAAUAUCGAUGUGAAGAUUGUGGUGACAGAGAGGGCUAAGCAUUUCCUGAAGGACGCGGAAUUUCCCCAGGACAUACCUGUCCUGUCCGAUACUGUGGAAUGGGCUGCAUGGCAGGAUCGUGGUGAUCCUGUUCUCCAUAUUGAUCUUGCAAAAUGGGCUGAUUUAUUUCUCAUAGCACCACUCGAUGCCAAUACCAUGGGAAAAUUAGCUUCCGGCAUUUGUGAUAAUAUACUCACCUGCGUUGCUAGAGCUUGGGAUCCUGUUAAGCCACUGCUAUUCUGCCCUGCCAUGAACACUAAGAUGUGGGAGCAUCCAGUUACUGCACCUCAGGUGGCUCUACUCAAGUCCUGGGGAUACAGAGAGAUUAGCUGCAUCACUAAGACACUCAUGUGCGGUGAUACUGGUGUUGGAGCUAUGGCUGAAGUAGACACUAUCGUCCAUACAACGCUCAGAUCCCUCAAUCCCUGGGAUCCUUAUUCACCGCCUGAUUUACGUCAUAAGAAGUAAUUGGAAUAUUUAAUCAGUUCAAGCGAAGGAUUACGAGAGUGAAAAAAUAUGUAUAGGGAAAUUUUAAGACAAUGUUACUUGUGUGAAGCACUACCUGUACGAGAAUAAAAUCGAAAUUGUGUUUAUAACAAA